UUCUUGUUGUUUUAAAACCCUGCUCGCUUUCUUUGAAGUUUCUUUUGGCGCUUUCGGGACGUCACGGUCUCUUAGCAGCGCUGACGGAACAAACCAAAAUAGGGAUGUAAGAGGGGGGAGGACGGAACCGAAGAUUACAGUAAAGUCUCACUAUGAGGGCAAAAUAAAACCAUUCCGGGGAAUUAUAGGACGACAAACAGGCUCUCUCAGAGAUGCUUCUGCUCCUGCUGCUGUCUCUUUCUCUGCCACCUGAGGGCGAUGCAUCACCGAUCAGCUGCUACAACGACCGAGGAGAUGCAGUCGACUGGUUCUACGUCUACAAACUGCCCAAAGAGCAUCGUAGAACGGCUCCCCAAAGGGGUGAGGAAUACCUCCUGCUGGAGAAAGGCAGUGAAGGAUGGAUGCAGGGAAAAGUGACGGUCAACGACAGUACGGGGGCUCUGGGCCGGACGGUGGGACAGCUGUACACAGAAGGAAAGAACUCAGAAGUGGCGUACAUCCUUUACAAUGACCAGAGCCCAAUUGAGGAGUUCAGUGACGGAAGCGGAAACUCAGGAGGUCACACCAAAGGUGUUGUUCUGCUGGAUCAGAACCAGGGAUUCUGGCUGGUCCACAGCACCCCCCACUUCCCCCCGGAGCAACAGGCGGGAGAGUAUUCCUAUCCGAGCAGCGGCGUGAACAACGGCCAGAACUUCCUCUGCGUCACCUACCCGCUCAAAAACUUUCAGACCAUCGGAGAGCAGCUGCAGAUCAAUCAGCCUCACGUGUACGACUGCGACGUCCCAGAAUCCAUGGUGUCUUUGGUGCCUGCGCUGGCCGACCUCUGUAAGAAGAAGCGUCUGUCUGAGGACGUCUCUUUCAGACCCAUGUCCAACCGCAGCAUGACGUUGACCUCCAUGGGCGGCACCGACUUCAUCAGCUUCGCCAAGGGAGCCUCAUUCGAUGACGACCUCUAUCACGGUUGGGUGGCCCCGGCCCUCCAGUCGGACCUGCUGGUCCAGUUCUGGAUCCGCUCCAGAGGCAUCCUCCCCUCAAACUGCUCGCUGGGCUGGAAGGUUCUGGACGUCACGCUCAUCAACCCGGGCCAGACCUUCGAAUUCAAGAACAGCCAAGACCACUCCAAGUGGGCGGUCAGCCCCAAACAGGCCUGGGGAGGGAAGGGGGGCGGCUGGGUGUGCGUGGGGGACAUCAACCGGAACGAGGCGGAGGAGAAACGAGGGGGAGGGACGGUGUGUCUGCAGGAUCCAGCAGUGUGGAAAGCCUACCGGACGGCGGCGCUAGAGUGCGAGGCCUGUGGGGGAGGAACCGUACAGUGCUGACAGUUCACUUAACCUUUAACCCUUUACACUGAAAAUGUCCCCAACCACCCCUAAUAACACAUGCUCUUUGAUCUGU